AUGUUAUGGAGUGGUAGUUGGCAUGCUAAUGGAUGCUAUACCUCCAUCUUCAGCUUCGGUGACUCCCUAGCAGACACCGGUAACUUAAAACAAGUGGCCUCCAUAACCGACCAGUUCUUUCCUUUUCUUCAGCCGCCUUACGGUGAAACCUUCUUUCAUAAACCCACUGGUCGUUGCUCAGAUGGCCGACUCAUCAUUGAUUUUCUAGCUGAGAGUCUCGGGUUGCCAUUGGUACGACCAUUUCUGCAUGACAGUGACAGUGUCGUGGGGCCGGGACAAGGAGUUAACUAUGCUAUGGUGGGCGCGACAGCAUUGAAUUCAUCGUUUCUUGAAGCAAGAGGAAUUGUUAAUGAUUUGACAAAUGCCUCUUUAGGAGUUCAGUUGGCAUGGUUUAAACAAUCAUUAGCUUCUAUUUGCAGCAACGUUUCAGAUUGUAGAAACUUAAUUGGACGUUCUUUGAUCUUAGUUGGAGAGAUUGGUGGAAACGAUUACAACUAUCCGAUAAUUGAUGGAAAACCCAUUGAUGAGGUCGAACCAUUCGUUCCUCUAGUAACUGAUACCAUCGUCUCAGCUGUCGAUGAAUUGAUUCAGAUUGGGGCACAAACACUGGUCGUUCCAGGAGAAUUUCCACUUGGAUGUUCUUCUCAAUAUUUAACAAUACGUGGUUCUGAAAGUGAAGAGUAUGAUAACACAACAGGCUGCCUCAUCAAGUUCAAUAAAUUUGCCGAAUACCACAGUGAACUACUGCAAACGAAACUAAAUCAGCUUCGAGAGCUUCAUCCCAAUGCCAUCAUCAUCUACGCUGACUACUACAAUGCUGCCAUGCAAUUUAUCCGUUCUCCAGAUAAAUUUGGAUUUACAAAUGGUGCUCUGAAGACAUGUUGUGGAGUUGGAGAUCUGUAUAACUAA